CGAGUUAUAUAAACUUUUCCAAAUAAAAAAGAUAACUAUGUAUUUGUGGUUCAUAACAUUUGCCAUUUUACAAGUCCAAUAUUACGUUUGCGCACAUCGAGACGAAGGUGGAAACAUUGAAAAAUUGGUGUAUUUAUUAGACGGGCAAGGUUCACAUGGCGAACGUGGCGGCAGCGAUACCAGAGAUAUCGAAGCAAGUCGACGUAGUGUUACCGAUAAAAACUUCAUGCGUUUUGGUCGUUCCAAACCAUCGCAACCGGACGAAACUUACGAUGACUUCGAUGAAAACCUUAUAAAACGUUCAGCACAUGAUAAUUUUAUGCGAUAUGGACGUCAACCAGCAAGUUCCACAAACUUUAUGCGGUAUGGACGUGGUGGGGGUAAUGAUCAAACGAAUUUUAUGCGAUAUGGUAAACGUAAUCAUCAUGAUUACGCACAAGAUUACGAUGAAGAAAUUCAAGAUUUUGAUGAUUAUUUAAAAAGCACAAAAGCUGGAAUACGUUUCAAACGGAGUACAACCGAAGCCACGGAUGAUGAUAAACGUGCAUCAAAUCAGAAUUUUUUACGAUUCGGACGUAAUUCGAAUUUUAUGCGAUUCGGACGGCAAGAUUUCUCAAAAUGUUCCUUAUAUAAUAUUCAGGCUUGUUUGCAACAACAAAAAUAUCCGCAAUUUCCAUUAUGGUUAGGAUCAAAUCAAUUAUUGCAACAACAACCACCAAUGCAAAAUUUUGAUGAGAAACAUAAUAAUAAAAAAAUU